CUUUUUCACUUCCACCUGGAAAAGUAUAAUAUAGAAGAAGUAAACGAAGGAAGUUGACACAGGUAGGAGUUGUUGGGUGUUUUGUGAAUCUCCUGAUAGGGAAGUGUGCCUUCGUUGCUUGACUUCCGCUGGCUGCUCGUUUCUGCUUGAACACGUCAAUGCCGUCGUGAUUAUGUGUUUUUUACGUUGGAAUUCAUGCUGUAUGUGCUUCAGCUGGUGAGGUUUAUGGCUAGAAAUGAGUCGCAAUCGCAGCCUAGCAGCUCAAAUGCGAGUCAAUCCGUUCAAAAUGGUGUGCCGAAGCAUGCGAAAAUAUCCGUGAAGGUUAUUUCGGCGAAACUCACUCUAAGUGGGGGAUUUUUGAGUAAACCAGCUGAUUCGUACGUUGAAGUUAGCGUAGAAGGUACUCAGUCAAGUAAGAAGACGUCUGUCAAGAAGAAGACCAACAGUCCCGAAUGGGAUGAGUCUCUGUCAUUGCCAGUGACGGACGCUUCUGUUCUACUCUUCCGUGUGUAUAAUCGUGCAAAACUCUUCGAUGAUCCACUGAUUGCUCAGGCCCAGACAAAAAUCGCUUCCAUACCGAAAUUGGAUAACGGAGAAUUUAAUCCGACUGCCAUAUCAAUCCAGCUGAACGGGAAGGAUAACAAUAAAAUUGGAACCUUGAAGGUGGCGUUUUCCGGCAGCACCGAUCGGAGUAGACGAAGCGCCAAUGGUCGCAUUGCUGACACCGUGGACGGCGAAGCGUCAACGUCAUCAGGUGUGAUGGCAAGGCGCACCUCGGUGAAAAGCCGUGACACUUUGACACAACAGCAGCAACAGCAGCCAGGAGAUGAGCGUCUUCCGGAUGGCUGGGAAAUGCGGUAUGAUCAAUAUGGUCGCAAAUACUAUGUGGAUCACACCACGAAAAGUACAACUUGGGAGAGGCCAUCCACUCAACCGCUGCCCUCAGGCUGGGAGAUGAGGAGGGAUCCUCGAGGAAGAGUUUACUAUGUUGAUCACAAUACUCGGACUACUACUUGGCAGAGACCCACAGCAGAUAUGCUUGAAGCACAUGAACAGUGGCAGUCCGGUAGAGAUCAGGCUAUGCAUCAGUGGGAACAAAGAUUUUUGUUGCAGGCGAAUUCGUUGACGGCUAGCGAUGAUCCACUUGGACCACUGCCUGAUGGCUGGGAAAAACGCGAGGAUCCGAAAACAAGACGGAUAUACUUUGUAAAUCAUGUCAAUCGAACCACGCAGUGGGAGGACCCAAGAACACAGGGGGUAUCGGAUCAACCUCUUCCUGAUGGCUGGGAAAUGCGCUUUACUGAGCAAGGUGUACCCUUCUUCAUCGAUCAUUCGACGAAGACCACCACUUAUAAUGAUCCACGUACUGGAAAACCAGUGGGGCCAAUGGGUGUCUUUGGCGUCUCAAUGUCGUAUGAGAGAACAUUUAGAUGGAAAAUAGCCCAGUUCCGCUACUUGUGCCUGUCAAACAGUGUACCCAAUCAUGUGAAGAUAACAGUGUCACGCACGAAUGUAUUCGAAGAUUCAUUCCAAGAAAUUAUGCGGAAGAAUGCGGUAGAUUUGCGCCGUAGAUUGUAUAUACAGUUUCGAGGAGAGGAAGGACUCGAUUAUGGAGGAGUGGCUAGGGAGUGGUUUUUCCUGCUUUCGCAUGAAGUACUGAAUCCGAUGUACUGCCUCUUUAUGUAUGCGGGUAACAGCAACUACAGUCUUCAAAUCAAUCCUGCUUCAUUUGUAAAUCCUGAUCAUCUGAAAUAUUUCGAAUAUAUUGGAAGAUUCAUUGCCAUGGCGCUUUUCCACGGAAAGUUUAUCUAUUCUGGUUUCACAAUGCCUUUCUACAAGAAGAUGCUCAGCAAGAAAAUUGCAUUAAAAGAUAUCGAGCAAGUUGACACUGAGUUCUACAAUUCACUCAUGUGGAUCAAAGACAACAAUAUUGAUGAAUGCCAGAUGGAACUGUAUUUUGUGGCGGAUUAUGAGCUGCUCGGAGAACUCAAAACGCAUGAACUGAAACCCGGUGGAACCGACAUCGCUGUGACAGAAGCGAAUAAACUCGAGUACAUCUCACUACUAGUCGAAUGGCGCUUUAACAGAGGUGUAGAGCAGCAGACUAAGGCGUUCUUCACCGGAUUCAACUCGGUGUUUCCUCUGGAAUGGUUGCAGUACUUUGACGAAAGAGAGCUUGAGCUGCUCUUGUGCGGAAUGCAGGACGUUGAUGUGGAUGACUGGCAGAGAAACACGGUCUAUCGGCAUUACGCGCCGCAGAGCAAGCAGGUCGUGUGGUUCUGGCAGUGGGUCAGAAAUCUGGAUCAAGAGAAGCGCGCACGUCUGCUGCAGUUUGUGACGGGCACGUGUCGCGUUCCGGUCGGUGGAUUCUCGGAGCUGAUGGGCAGCACCGGACCGCAGUUGUUCUGCAUCGAGCGAGUCGGCAAGGAGAAUUGGCUUCCGAGGUCUCACACCUGCUUCAACCGACUAGAUCUGCCCCCGUACAGAAGCUACGAACAGUUGUCCGAGAAGCUGAACAUGGCAAUCGAAAUGACCGAAGGCUUCGGAAACGAAUAG